AUGGACCCCACCUCGGUCGUUGCGAUUGGGUCUGCUAUACAGGGCGGAGAAGAUAGAUCGGCUCGAGGUGGACUCACGCUGUUACGAGUGACGGCGUUGGCCAGCAAGGCGGCAUCGUCGCUGGGAGCUGUGGAGAAGGGUGAGAAUGCCUUGGAUGAGGAGGAGCCUGAUGCUGCUGGAGGUGGCCCUGGUGAUAGUGACAAGAGUGGAUGUUCGGUAUUAGUACAUCUGGAUAAAAGGGGACCAGAUAUUCGUGUAUCGGUGGAAUGCUCAGAAGGAAACACUAGAAGGGAUGGCGAUGCUGGACACGAUGGGACCAAGCAUAACCUCUUUAUGUACGGUGAAGAAUUAUAUAUUGGCUGGAGACGCGAUUCGGGGAUUGCAAUUUACGCUUCCGGUGGUAGCAGUAGCAACUUCGGUGAGGGGUAA